AUGGAGCAGAAGCUGUCCGUCGUCCUCGCCCUCCUGGCCCUCUUCCUUUGCGCCGGCCCCGGCCACGCCAUGCGCCUUCACGACGUCAACGGCGGUCGGGAGUUCGCCUUCGGCGCCAAGGCGGCCGCAGAGACCGAGCCGCUGGACCCGUCCUUCGGCAACGACUACGAGAACGAGAUCAGCCACGUCGAGUUCGAGCCGGACCUCGGCAGCACGCCGUACGCCGUGGCCGCGGCGCCCCUCGCCUCCGCCGCCACGGCCACCGCAACCGCCGCAGGGGAGACGGCCCCGGAGCCAGUGACGGCGCGGAACGCCGCAGCCGGCAGCCGCAGAAUGAAGUGGUGGCUGCCGCCGUCGACGAUGCCGUCGUUCCCGCUGUUCCCGAACCCCGUUGGCAUGCCUGGCAUCCCGGGGCUCCCGCUGCCCGGCACGGCGUUCCACCCCAUCGGCGGCUGGGGCACGCCGGCGCCGCCUGGCCAGGCACAGCCGUCCCCUCCUGCCUCCACCGCCGGCGUCGGCGCCAACGACCCGAACACGAACGGAGGCAUCAACUGA